AUGUCCAGGAAGAACGGAAAAUCUGAUGAGAAAGGAGGUUUCGGUGAUGAGGAGCUGAGUAGGGUCGAGACGAAACAAAAGGAGGCAAUGAAGGAAGGUGCUGGAGGGUGCGACAAUUGGGAGAGGCGAUCAUGUCUCAGUUGUCAGUGUAGGGGAGAUGAGGAAGUGGAGGCGGCAUCUACAGUGGUGGCAGUGUUGGAGGCGGCAACUACUGCGGUGAUGGUGCUGGUGGUGGUGGUGAUGGUGGAGGAGGAGGAGGAGGCGAGUGCUAACACGCAGUUGGUGAGAUGA